AUGGAACAUUUGGGUCUUUUAGAAGGAACAUAUCCGAGAGUUAAAGCACCUUCAACAAUUCAAAUUAAUGUAGAAGAUCCUAUUAGUAAUACAUUUUAUGAAGAUAUUUGGUGUAGAAUAGCAGAAUCAAAUACUAGAAUUUAUGAAGAAGUGUUUAAAGUAUUCCCUACAAAUUUGGUCGAAACAUUCGAUGAACUUCUUGCUUGGCGUGCUGAAAACAAAUUAGCAGAUGAUGAUCAAGAUGCAGCAAAGGAACGCCUUUCAAAACUUGUUGGGUUUUUGGUUGAGUUUCCAGUCAAUUUUCUUCGUAAAGAAAAUCUUUCCCCAACUUUUGCUUCAAAAGAAGGUUUAGUUUCUUCUUCGAUUUUUACUUGA